UUCGUGACGUGUGGUUGUAUCCCCGCUACUUGUCCGCAUCGCAGUGCCAGUGCCGCCCGACCCUGGCACAUCCCUGGAGUCUCGCUUUCCUCUUCUCCAAAUCCUAAACUGAAGUCUUACAGAGGUAAAGGAUAAACGCGGGUGUCCCUAAAUGUUCCCACCCCAGUGACCCCGUGAGUCUCCCUCGACACGUGAAAAUUGAACACUCUUUUGGCCAGACCUUUGGUGGUCCUAGCGACGAAGGCGAGGCGCUUCUGAGGAAGGAACUAACUCAGAUAAGAAGUGUUAAUUCUGGCUAGCGUUGCGGCGCGAGGGAGCAAACGUCUUUGUCACCAACGAGAAACAUUUCUGAUUCUACCACAGAACACCCAUCUCUCUCUCUCUCUCUCUCUCUCUCUCUCUCUCUCUCUCUCGUGGAAAGCUUCGUCGAGUGACACAGAAGCAAGGAACGCAAGCAAUCUAACUCUCACGCACCUCUUUGACCACCACUACAGUUGGAGCCAUGUACCCACGAGCAGCCAUGGACUCGACCCGCCUCCAUCCUGCCUGCGCGUGAUGCCGAGCCGCCCAUGAGGAAGCGAUGGGCGGCUGGCCUGCGGGAGGCGGCAAAAGGAGGGGCGGGUUGUGGUGGUGGGCGGUGGUGGUGGUGAUGGGGAUGGUCAUGGUGAUGCCCCGCCACGCCGCUGCCAACAUCGAUCUCUACAUGUCCAGCGAAGAGACCCACCGGUUGUUAGGACUGGUCGCUGAGCUGUACUACGUGCGUGAGGGAGUCAUCAACAGCUACGCCCUCAACUUCACCGUCCCCGUGCCAGCUAACUUCACCUACAUCUACUUCACCUGGAGGAGCCUCAUUAAGCGCCCGAUGCAGUACAUGGCCCACAUCGACUACAACAACGGGGAGGCGAUGGCGCUGCCUCAGCUCAACAUCUCCAACAAAGGCCUAGUUCCCGUCCGACCCGACACCUUCAGUGUUUCUCUUCCCUGCUCUGGGAGAGUGAACGCAGAGGUGAUGGUUAACCUUCAUCUCAACAUUACUGCCCAAAACCUCACGAACAUCACGAUUAGGAGGAAGAAGAUCUGCCUUAAAGAAGACUUCACCCCGAGGAACGAGAGCAUUUACCUUCGCCCGGAGUGGAUGUCCACUUCGCUGGGGACACUCUACGUGGCCAUGGGGGCCGCCUGCACCUUCACCGUCCUGGUUAUUACAGUGGCCUCCGUCCUCUACCUCAGAGUAAAGAGGACCAGAACCCAGGCGUCCCUCACGUGCCGCUACUACAGCGGGCCGGGCUACAUGGGGGACACGAGCGGCACUACGGGCGGCAGCGUGCGCGGCCCAGCUUCGCUACGCAGCAACUCCUACGUCACCAUCGCCUCUUUCAAGAAAGUUCCCAUCAUCUCCAGCGAGAAAAAGAAGAAAGCCAAGGUGUGUGCUGCUGGAGCAGGAGGAGAGCCGCUGCACUACGCCUCGUCGCCCCUUUCACAGGUGUACUCACAGCCCUACUCCCCUGCACACUCCCUCCCUGCCUCCCGCCACUCGCACGCCUCCUGCUGUGCCUCCUCCUUGCACUCCCAGGCCUCAUGGCGUGACCCCCGAAACCUUGACCCCAGCGAGAGGGUGAGGCAGCUGGCUAUAGACGGCUGGAAGGUGGAGGUGGGCGAGGUGGUGCAGGAAGGCACCUUCGGGAGGGUAUUGCGAGGUGUUUAUCGAGACGCUUACGCCCGCACUGCCCUAAAUGUCAUCAUCAAAACAGUUUCAGGGGAGGCAUCGUCAGCACAGGCACGCCUGGCGGUGAGGGAAGGACUGCUGUUGGCUGGCCUUCACCACCAAAACCUACUACCAGUGCUGGGAGUGUGCCUCGCAGACCCACGCCACCCUCUCCUUCUCUAUCCACACCUAGAACUCACCAAUCUCAAGACGCACCUGCUUGGGUGCGGGCGCGGCUCUAACGAGGGCGUGAAGCUUUUGACGCGAGAUCUAGUUCACAUCGCUAUUCAAGUCUGUUUGGGGCUCAUCCAUCUUCACCAGCAGAGACUCCUGCACAAAGACGUCGCCACCAGAAACUGCUUGAUUGACUCAGAGCUUCAAGUUCGAGUCUCAGACACAGCUCUGGCCCGUGACCUCUUCCCACAAGACUACCACUGCCUCGGGGACAACGAGAAUCGCCCUGUCAAGUGGCUGAGUCUUGAGGCACUAAUCCACAAGCAAUUCACACCCGCUAAUGAUGUGUGGAUGUUUGGGGUGCUGUUGUGGGAGUUGGCAACCCUGGCUCAGCAGCCCUACAUAGAGGUAGACCCCUUCGAGAUGGCUGCUUACUUGCGGGAUGGCUACCGCCUGGCUCAACCCAACAACUGCCCUGACGAGCUAUUUGGGAUGAUGGCACGCUGUUGGGCCCCAGCGCCAGAAGAUCGAGCCAGCUUUCCCCACUUGCUUUCUUGUCUCCAAGACUUUUACUCAGCCCUCGGAAAAUACAUCUGAAAGUGUCAUUGUCAUGUUCAUAUGUCCACUGCCUGUAAAAUUAAGUUAUUCAGAAGCCAUAUAAGCCAGUUUUGUUGUGUAUCAAAAUUAUAUUCUAGAAUCUAUAUUUUGUCAAUUUUCUGUUUUCAUUUUUCUGCAGUGUUAAAUCCUAAGCAUUGCUGUUUAAAGGAGCUGGGAACAACAAACCUGAAGAAGUAUGGAAAAAACAAUCAACAAGUUGUAUUGCUGUUAAUGUUAAAAAGUAAGUGUGACCAGGAAUUGUGAAUGAAUUGUCAUACUACCA